CCCUUUCACGGCCUAUAAGAACUCCAGGCAGCAGCGAAGAAAUCACAGUCAACAUAUUUUAUUGGUGUUUAGCACUUAAGGAUAGUGGACAUUAUGAAGCUGGUAAUUGUACUCUUUAUGUUGGGAAUCGUUGUGCAAAUUAGCAACGCAGAAGUGGAGGCUGAUCAAAAUGAGGAAAUAAAACCAAACAAAAAAGAUGUCAUCUUCGAAAUCAUGAAAAAGUUUUACAAUUCAAAACUGACAAGUGAGGCAGCACAUAUCGAUAAGAAACCCGAAGAAAGCGAAAAACAUACACCAUUAGAAGGAGAGAAAUUGACCCUGGCGUUUUUGAAAAAAACUGAGAAGAAUUGGGACAACCUUCAGGAAUCGAUGAAGGAUUUUGUAACGAAAUAUGGCAGUUUACCAGAGAGGCUCAGCAAUGUGCAAAUGGAACUUAAGGAAUUGCUGAAUGCGUAUAAUUUAACCACGCCGAAACCUUAA